AUGCGGCGAGCGCUCAGGCACGCUGGGACGCUGCUGAGCCAUGAAGCCUCCAUCCCCGUCUUCCUCUGCCCUGCGCUGCUGCGAGCGCCCAUAGCCACCCUUCGCCGUGACCCGCCACCAGUCUGGUCUUCGCAAAGUUUUUCAACGUCGAGACGGAAAAGAGAGCAAACCCACGUUGCCGUCCCAGCAGAAACACCAGCCCCGAGAUCGCUGCCUCGAGCAUGUCCGGGAUGCGGUGCGCCAACACAGAUUUACGAGCAAAAUGAGGCGGGCUACUACAACCUAGACCGAAAGGCGGUACGGGCAUAUCUCGACUGGGUCCCGAAUGCGUCAAAAGAGACGACGGAAGAAGACCAUAUCUAUGAAAAGGCGCUCAGCAAUGUAGACCGCAAAUUGCUGGGAGAGCUGGGACUCACCGAGGCCAAAGAAGCCCCAGAAGACACCGAGGCGCCGUCAACACCAGUGUGUGAUCGAUGCCACAAUCUCCUCCACCAUCGCGUGGGGUCGCCCAUUCACCACCCGACCGUCGAAUCCAUACAACAGACCAUUGCCGAGUCGCCGCACCGACGCAACCACGUCUACCACGUCGUCGAUGCAGCCGAUUUUCCACUCUCCAUCGUCCCAAACCUCCAGUCCUCUUUGCGCAUUCCCAAGCUGCGAACACAAAAUAGGCGAGCGAAACACAAGGGAUGGGUUGCCAACGACCGCAUUGCAGAGGUCAGCUUCAUCAUCACCAGAGCAGAUCUCCUAGCGCCUAAGAAAGAGCAGGUCGAUGCAUUGAUGCCGUAUAUUCGAGACGUCCUUCGCGAUGCGCUGGGCCGACAGAAUGCGAAUGCGCGCUUGGGCAACGUGCGACUCGUCAGUGCAAAGCGGGGGUGGUGGACCAAGCAGGUCAAGGAAGAUAUAUGGCAACGCGGAGGCGCAGGCUGGAUGGUCGGCAAGGUCAAUGUCGGCAAGUCCAAUCUCUUCGAGGCCGUCUUUCCCAAAGGGCGGGGAGCAGACUACCAGGAAGUGCGCAAGAUACGGAGCGCAGCCGAGCGAGAGGCAAUGCUCAGCAGCGCAAAGUCGCUGGAAGAGCUUUUGCAGGUCCAAAAACAGCUCGCUGAUGAGGACGCCGAAACGGAGCGUCUAAAGAACAAGCAACAAGAACAUCUCCAUCAGCCUCCCGGAGAACUGGAAGAGAAGCCCGACGAAGAAGAAGAAGAUGAAGACGAAGAUCUGGACGCCCUCCUGCCCCCACCCCAGCCAUACACACUUUAUCCUGUCCUCCCCAUUGCCUCAUCGCUCCCCGGUACAACCGCCUCUCCCAUCCGCAUCCCCUUUGGCCAGAACCGCGGCGAACUCAUCGACCUCCCAGGUCUCGCACGCACAACCCCGGGACUAGAAACGUUUGUCCUCGCAUCCGCCCACGACGACCUCGUCAUGAAAAACCGCAUCAACUCAGAACGCUACACCCUGAAGCCCGGGCAAUCCCUCAUCCUCGGCGGGGGCCUCAUACGCAUCACGCCCGUUACCCAGGACCUCGUCUUCCUCGUGUACCCCUUCGUGCCCAUCCACCCACACGUCACGCGCACCGAAAAGGCAAUCGACUACCAAGCCCAAACUUCAGACCGCCAGCUCCAAACCCCGCCUAUCCUCGCGCCAAACGCCGGCCCCAGGGCCAAAUCCGCAGGCACAUUCGCCCUCAAAUGGGACGUCACCAAGAAACUCGCCGGCCCCGUGACGUCCCCCGUGGCCGGCAAAAUGAAACCCGAGAAUCUGCCGUACAGAAUCUGGGCUACGGAUAUCCUCAUCGAAGGUGUAGGCUGGGUCGAGGUCUCGGCCCAGACUCGUCGUCCCCCCGGCUGGCAGCCCCCAGGCCUCGUCAAAAAGGAUCCCAACCAAGCGCAGCGUGACCGCGCCGCCCGGCUCGCCGCUGAAGCCGACCGCAAGCAGCGCAAGUUCGAUGCGCUUGCGCGGGCGGAACGCGAGGGCCGCGAUCCACAGGAAGUCCUUGAAGAAGAGUUCUACGACGACAACAAGAAAGACGAUAUGCUGCUGUGGGAAGAGUCGUAUCCUGAAAUCGAAGUCUUCUCCCCGCUGGGCAAGUUUGUCGGGCAGAGACGCCCCAUGUGUGCUAGCAUGGUCAGCGGGCCCAAACAGGUUUCCAGUCGAGACCGCAAGCAGAGGCCUAGGCGGAGCAUGGUCAGCGUGAAGAGGCAGCGGAAACCGAAAGGCGCAAGUGAGUAG